AUGGGCAGGUUCACAGCGUGCAAGUUCCAGAUCCCCCAGGCUAGGGGCGUUUACUGGCCUGGAGAAAUAGUCGAAGGUACCGUGUCCAUUAACGUGGACAAGGAGACACGUGUGAAAGGCGUCUACGUCUGCCUGUUCGGUGGUUCGCAGAUCCGCUGGCUCGCGGGGAACAACACCGUCACGGCCGAGCAGACCCACUUCAGCCAGCUCUGCACAUUUUUCGGCAACACGCCCGGCCAACCCGGCACGUCACACACCCUGGCACCUGGCCAGCACGUCUACAGCUUCAGGUUCGUACUUCCGGCAGCCGACCUGCCGCCGGCAUUUGAAUGUCCUCUCGGGGCGACCCGCUACUGGCUGAGGCUGUUGGUGGAGCAGCCGUUCCCCAAGCUGAACAAGUCCUGGUACAUGUACCUCACGGUGCUCCCCCUCAUCGACGUCAGCUGCCCCGCCCACAGGGCCCACGUGACCGCCCGCGGGGAGAAGAAGGUCACCAAGGCCUUUGGGUUCGGUCACGUGGGAAAGUUGACUCUGAGGGCGUCGACCGACAAGGCGGCCUACUGCCCGGGGGAGAGCAUCCUCAUUGACCUAGAUGCCAGUAACGAGACGAGCAAAGACCUGGGCAGUGUCAAGGUCAUCUUGAUCCAGCACGUGACCUGCAGGGACGGCAUGAAGAGGCUGAGGUUCACCAAGCCAAUCAGGGCUCUCAUGUCUGACAGGAUGACGGCGGGAAGGUCCGUCUCGUGGCGUGGGAGACCUCUAAAGGUCGACCUGGUUCCCCCGAGUUACAACACUCAGAUCAUCUACAUCCAGUACUACGUCAAGGUCAUAGCCGAGGUUCCGCUUGGCUUCAACCACGUGCUGCACCUUCCCGUUACCAUAGGAACGAGAUGUUCGGCAGGUGUGGUGCCUGUUGAGUGCACGCACGGCUGCUCGAAGUUCAGCUCCGGCAUCAACGACUUUGAGAAGACAAGCUACAUCCCGUGGACUGUGUGCGUGUCAGACGGGGACAGGUGUGGUGACAGGUGUGGUGACAGGUGUGGUGACAGGUGUGGUGACAGGUGUGGUGACAGGUGUGGUGACAGGUGUAGUGAUAGGUGUGAUGACAGGUGUGGUGACUGGUGUGGUGGGGGUGAGCCCCCAUCCCCACCUGGACAAGACACGACGCCGCCGGCAUACUCGGAGCUGCCGGUCGCGCUGGAUGUGAUGAAACCUCCAGCAGCUAAGCUUGGGGUAGGGAGUUUGUAUCCUCUACAGGAUGCAGCUCAUUACCACUCAGGUCAGGCAAGCGCCGCCCCACCCACGUAUGAGGAGGCGACGGCAAACGAUCCCCUCCCCCUGACUCCCGCGAUCUCCGAUGCUAAUGGAGCCAUCUUGCUGGUGAUGUUUCCUUUAAAACAUUGCUUGUCCGUUCAGCAAUAUUUGACGUCACAACAGGAAGCUCUGACGAUACAUCAAGGCCGAAUGUUGACCUUCAGCCUCGCGCCUUUUCUCAGGUACUCCCAGACGACCUUGACCCUGCCAAGCUCGGCCGCCAUGUUUUACUUCAGCUGCGGACAGCGAGCCAAGUCUUGGCUGGGGUCAAUGACCUCUGGAGAGCCAACAUUGUGCAGCAGCUGGGCCGCCAUGCUCGCAGAGAACAAGACACGCCUUCCCCGGCCCGACCCCCCAGGCAGAACCUUGCAGGUGGAUUUUACCAUCAGGGAGAGUCCAGAGGGUGUAAAAGUGGACACCAUUAGCCCGGGUGGUGUUGUGGAAGACACCAUUAUCCCGGGUGGUGUUGUGGAAGACACCAUUAUCCCGGGUGGUGUUGUGGAAGACACCAUUAUCCCGGGUGGUGUUGUGGAAGACACCAUUAGCCCGGGUGGUGUUGUGGAAGACACCAUUAGCCCGGGUGGUGUUGUGGAAGACACCAUUAGCCCGGGUUGUGCUGUGGAAGACACCAUUAGCCCGGGUUGUGCUGUGGAAGACACCAUUAGCCCGGGUGGUGUUGUGGAAGACACCAUUAGCCCGGGUGGUGUUGUGGAAGACACCAUUAGCCCGGGUGGUGUUGUUGAAGACACCAUUAGCCCGGGUGGUGUUGUGGAGCACAGCAGUCGCCCAAGUGGCGUGGAUCAGAAAUGCUGUGAGAAACCUUAUCAGCUAGCCAACAACCAGCUCAUCGUGGACUCCGACAAGCCAGACUUCCUGCUCGGAGACUGGUCCAAAUAUUUGAGCAGGGACCCAGCCAGAGCCGGACAGUCGGUCUACCCAGACGAUAAGGACUUUGAUUUUGAAUUUGUCACGUUUGAGAAUAUUUUCUCGGAUUGUGUGGAGCCCGACGAUGACGUCAGCCGUGGUCACGUGGGCCACGUGGCAAGUGUCGUCUGCUACCAAUUCUCGGAUGUUGACAAGUUCAAGACUGACCAGGUUGUGCAGUCAAAUCUUGACCACAAGAGAGUAGUGUCUAUCGUUCUGCCUGGAGACAGUCACCUCCUCCCAUAGUCACCUCCUCCCAUAGUCGUUAUAAACGUUUUGUUUAUACACUAACACGGCUGUAUAUAACUUCAAAAGAUGAUUGUGUUCGUUAGUAAACAAACCAAUUGAAAUUAUAAAAGAUAUUGUAUCACCAUUUUUAAAAACUGCAUUAAAAAACGUUUUACUAACAACCUUUUAUGAAUGCACUAAAAAAGAUAAAAUAAAUUAUUUUCUUUAAGUAUAUUAUAAUGCACUACAAUUUAAUUAACUAAUAAGUGACCACGAUGACGAGCAUAUAAUAGUGCGAAUAGAAGGAUAAUUUCAGAAAAUAUUAAUUAAUUCAUAAAAAAUUAAUUAGUCAUCCAGUUAACUCAAUUUCAAAGUCAUUUUGCAUUGUCUCCAAGUCUUUACCCACGAGUCUGUCAGUUAGAAAUUUCGCUCGUCCGUUUCGAUCUAUGGGGUCAGACUGACCGACUAUAGACAGACUGACGACAGACAGA